UUUGUCUCUGGCGCCGGCCGGCCUCUCCUCUCGCGCACCUGACAGGCUGGUUCGGUAACGGGUGACGGCUCGAGAGACUCAGGACUCGCUCCUGAGGCUGCCGGCUGCUCGAAACCAGUCGCCAAUGUGGACAUGUGAAGACGCUUUUGCUGAGGGAGGCCCGUUGCUGAGGAGGAGGAUGCUCCCGAGCCCCGUCACGAGCUCCACGCCGUUUUCCGUGAAGGACAUCCUGAAGAUGGAGCAGCAACUCGCGCUGCACCCACAGCACGCUCAACAUGCGCACGCCUUGCAGCAGCAGCUCCCGCAACACUUCCACAGCCACGCGCUAUUACCGCCCGCCUGCGCCCUCGGCGGUGGCGGCGGAGACAGCCCGGGCUUCUCGGACGGAGAGGAGAGGAUGUCCGUGUCGUAUCUCAACACCCUGUCGGAGCACGAGAGCCUGCUAGACUCCAGCCUCUCCCCGGACCUCUACGGAGCACCCACGCUCGGCCACCACCACACGACAGAAGAGAACAAACUGGACACGGAGGGGACACGCGAGCAGGCCAAGAGCUGCAUGGCGCUAGCCAUCAAGGCGCACGAGAGGGGGGAGAGCGAGCCCGACACCGAGGAGGGCGACGGUAACGGGAGGCCGCAGAGGCAGCGCAGCAGACGCAAACCCCGCGUGCUCUUCUCGCAGGCGCAGGUGUUCGAGCUCGAGAGGCGCUUCAAGCAGCAGCGCUACCUGUCCGCCCCGGAGCGCGAGCACCUGGCCAGCACGCUCAAGCUCACGAGCACGCAGGUGAAGAUCUGGUUCCAGAACCGCCGCUACAAGUGCAAACGGCAGCGCGCGGACAAGACGUUGGAGAUGGCGGGUCACGGUCACCACCACACCACGGGACCGCCUCGGCGCGUUGCCGUGCCCGUUCUGGUGCGGGAUGGAAAGCCUUGCCUCGCGGGCUCUCAGAACUACAACACCGCGUACACCACCGUGGGAGCGAGCCCUUAUGGAUACAGCGGCUACCCAGCGGCCUACACAUACAGCCCCGGUAACCCUGGCAAUGUCUACACGAACUCUUACAGCUGCACUUCAUACUCCAACCUCCCAGCGCUACCGGCCAGCACUCCUGCCAGCGCGCUCAUGGGCCUCCCGAACCUCCCGAACAUCACCGGCACUCAGCCGGCUCCCCCCGGACAGGGCCCACCGGUACCCGGAACGCAGUGCCAGGGUGCGAGCCUUCAAGGCAUCCGGGCAUGGUAGCGUUGCCGGGAGCACGAGGCAAGAGGGCAGGGGAGGGCACAACAGGGCAGAGGGCGAUACAGUAGCACUUGUGCAAAGU